UGUGGGUCUGGGUGGACGCCAUUGAUGGUCAGUUAUUUUCAGAAUACAUUUGGUGCUCUCGUAUUACCGAGAAUUAUUUGCGUAUCAUAAGAUACAUUUGAAACUUGAUGUGAAGUGUAUUUCGGUUGAGGUACUCCGGCUUGGAUGUCAGUUGGCAAGAUUAUACUAAAAUCAACAACACGGAUGUCCCUGAACGACCGAUUCACGGUGCUGCGACAGGAGAAGCCAAUGGGCCAGGGUCAAGGUGCCCCAGGAAUAGAGGAGAGACGCCAGCAGGCACAAGCAUCUCGACGUAAUCAGCGGUUGGCAGCACAGAUGGAACGUCGACCUGCUGUUGUUGCUGCUUUAAAGCUAAAGAAGAAAAGUGUUGAACAACGCCUCAAUGGUCAGCGGCCACUAUCGGUGAAGCAACGCUUAGCAGUGAAAGGACGGUUGAGUGUCCCCGAUGAAACUGGAAUGGGAUCCAUGGGCAUGAGGGGACGUGGAGGCCUGCGAGGAUUACGUGGCACGAACUACAGAGGUGCCACCUUCAGAGGCGUUGGAUCUAGGGGUGGUCGGGGAGCAUUUGGUGUCAGGGGUCGUGGAGGUUUAGGAGGAGGUCGUGGUAUUUCAAGAGGAGCCCGAGGUGGAAGGUUCUUGAGGGGCCGUGGAGGACGGGGCAUGAUGCAGGGGCGUGGAGGGACCAGAGGUGCACUUCGUGGUCGAGGCUUCGCUGCAGGUCAAGGACGUGGAGUAUUUAGGGGCCGUGGCCGUGGAGGUCGCAUAAAUCGUGGUGGACGUGGAGGUCGAGGGGCUCGUGGAGGUGGCAGUGUAAAAAUUGGUGGCAACUGGACUCGUGAGGAACUGGACCAGCAACUGGAUGAAUACAUGAGCAAAACUAAGACUGCCCUUGACACUGAACUGGAUCAAUACAUGAAAGAUGCUUCUGCAGAGUAGAUGAUUGCAUUGUAAAACAAACACAAAUUUUUUGGCUGGAAAUGAGUUUAACACUCUAGAAACCCUGGAUGAAUGGGAUGGACCAUAUUUCUGCAGUUAAGGAAAUCUUUGUUCUUGCUACAGUUUGGGAUUUAAUGUCUUUCACCUGUGUAAAGUGGCUCUACACUGAAGAAGUUAAUGCAGUUGGCAGGCACUGUCUACUAGAGUGGAUUCAGUAAUCCCUUAAAAUUUUAUUAAGAGUUAAUUAUAUAACCCCAAACUUACAAACACUGCCUAGUCUCCCCCCCCCCCUCCCCAAGUACUGGUAAAAAAAAUAUACAGUAGUGAUUUUUUAUUAAUGUGCUGUGGUAAAUCUAUCGGUGGCAGUUGAGAUUGAUUUUCCUGAAUAAAAAUCAUGAAUGAAACACAAGCAUGUACUCACCAAAGCUCAAAUUGAUGAAAACAUGAAAUUAUACGUGGGAUUGGUGGUGGUGGUUUGCCAUUAUAAUAAUUACUAGCAUGCCUGGAAAGGUUUUCUUGAAUCCCAUGGAAAUGGCAGAAAUAUGUCAUAUUUAGAGAGCAGGUGCUUGGGCCUUUUAAACCUCAAAUGCAUUGAUGUGUUGGGAUUAUUGGCUACACAAAUGCCAAAAGAGCGCCAAGGAGUGUUAGUUAUUGUAUGGGUUAAUAUUAUGAUAUUUGCCAGUACUUGCAAGUACCUCAGCUAAUUUGUUUUAUAUUUGAAUUAGAUUAUAAGUGUUAAGAAUAAGUUUUUGAAAGAAGAAAAAAAAUGGAUGUGUGUUUCUAGUAUGAAUGUUUGUACAGUUCCCAGACACUCAAAUUCAGAAGUGGACAACAGCUUUUAAUUAAAUGCAUCUUGAUAAAAAUUGGUAUUACAAGUAGGAUAUAACUAUUUCUUUCAUAUAUAUAUAUAUAUAUAUAUAUAUAUAUAUAUAUAUAUAUAUAUAUAUAUAUAUAUAUAUAUAUAUAUAUAUAUAUAUAUAUAUAUAUAUAUAUAUAUAUAUAUAUAUAUAUAUAUAUACUCGAGUAUGGUUCAAAUUUUUAUGCAAAAAGAAUAUAUGCAUAGUAUUUUUGAUGGGUUAAAAUUCAUGCAUUUCCACAUGUCAUUUAUGGUGAGCACUAGCUACCCUGACAUGCUCGCGGUAGGCUAACCUUAGCUGUGAGAUGGUAUGGUUAUCUUUGAAAAGUAAUUUCGGUAGAUAUACACAGAUAUACACACACAGUUACAUGCAAACACAAUCGUACAUACAUAUCAUAUUGUGAAAAAAGCUAAAAGAAAUACUGUAGUUAUCAUUAGGUCAGACACAUAAUGAGAAUGAACAUUUUAUGCAGGAGUUAGCUGGCUGAGCUGGAGAGGAAGCGGAGUGUUGGGGGGGAGGCAUUGCUAGGGAGGCGGAAGUGGUAGUGUCUCGCAGCAGCUGGCCUGCAUUGCCAUGGCCAAGCAGCCAGUGUCUAUGCAAAUAGCAGUUAUGUUAAACUUUCAUAGCUUUUCCUUAAUGGUUUUGUUGCAAUUUUUUUAUCUAGAUUGUACAGUACACAAAUGUUUGGAGUAGCACAAUUGUUAAAUAACUUAAGAAAGGUGGGUGGUAUAGUUUAUGAAUGCUGGGAAAUCUGUACUAAAAGUUUGAGUUUGCUUCAGCUGACUUACGGUGUAGGCCAUUACAUCUGUGAUAAUAUUCCUUAUGUUUUUUUAGGCAUAUUUUUCAGUACAGUAAUUUAUAUUAGUUUUGUAUUUGUAAUACAACACAUUACUCAUCACUAUAAUCACAUCCUCCUAGCCCUCUCCUUACUGCUCCAGGCCAAGUUGUGAGCUGUGUUCUAUGCUAUGGUUGGAUAUUUUUUAACUUGUAAGUUUGGGUAGAUAUAUAUAAUUUUCUUCAGAUUUUUACUGUGUUAUUAUGCACACAAUCUUACAUAAUGUGCAAAAAAAAAAAUAAUUGGCAUUAUCAUAGGGUCAAAAACAUAAAGGGAAUAUAGUAAUCUU